UUCACAAGAAGCAAACUCAAAUCUGGAAGGGGAGGAGUUGAAAGUAAAAUUGUUGGUCACCUACUAAAUUGACGGAAUCGUAUGACCACGUGUCAGCAUCCUGUUCCUCAUUCAAGUUGAUUGGACGGCCAAUCAUCAGCCCUCCAUCAUUAAAUUUAAAUCAAACAACACCGUUUCUUCCGAUUACUGCCUUCUUUCUCCCUCCCACUUUCCAACCUUCAUUUUCAACGCCUACCUUCUCCUCUUUCUUCUUCUUCUUCUUCCCCAUUCUCUGAUCUUGCAACUUCCACCUUAACUCUUCCUCCAUGGGACACUACUGUAGUAAAGGUGUUUCUGAUGUCGCUGACCCCACCUCCAGACCCCAGCAACAUACCCCGCAUUCCACGCCCAGCCCAUUUUCCAGCCCUCUCCCCCCUGGCAUAGCCCCCUCUCCGGCCACAACUCCGGGGAGGAAAUUCCGAUGGCCUCUCCCUCCUCCUUCUCCGGCCAAGCCCAUCAUGGCCAUUCUACGCCGGAAGUCGCGCAAGCCUUCUAUACCAGAGGAUGACCAAAUUGAGGAAGAGGAGCUGGGAGAGGUUCAGUUGGAUAAAAGCUUCGGGUACUCCAAGAACUUUGCAGCAAAGUUCGAGCUCGGGAGGGAGAUCGGGAGGGGUCAUUUUGGACAUACUUUUUGGGCCAAGGGUAAGAAGGGCGACCUCAAAGGAAACCCUGUGGCCGUUAAAAUCAUCUCUAAAUCUAAGAUGACAUCGGCUGUUGGAAUUGAAGAUGUUCGUAGGGAGGUUAAGAUAUUGAAAGCAUUGUCUGGGCAUAAGAAUCUCGUCCACUUCCAUGAUGCAUUUGAAGAUGCGAAUAACAUUUACAUGGUUAUGGAAUUGUGUGAAGGUGGAGAACUGUUAGAAAGAAUAGUGUCAAGAGGAGGAAGAUAUCCUGAACAAGAAUCCAAAACUAUUGUUGUGCAGAUCCUUUCUGUCGUCGCAUUUUGUCAUCUACAAGGGGUAGUUCACCGUGACUUAAAGCCGGAGAAUUUUCUUUUCUUGAAGAAAGACGAGAACACAGGGUUAAAAGUCAUUGAUUUUGGUCUAUCUGAUUUUGUCAAGCCAGAUGAACGUCUGAAUGAUGUUGUUGGCAGUGCAUACUAUGUUGCACCUGAAGUUCUCUACAGAUCUUAUAGUUUUGAAGCAGAUAUGUGGAGCAUUGGUGUCAUAGCAUAUAUACUGUUGUGUGGGAGCAGACCUUUCUGGGCAAGAACUGAAUCAGGAAUCUUCCGUUCCGUGCUAAGAGCCGAUCCUAACUUUGAGGAUUCCCCUUGGCCUACCAUCUCUGCAGAAGCUAAAGAUUUUGUGAAACGUCUACUGAAUAAAGACCACAGAAAAAGAAUGACGGCAGCCCAAGCUUUAACACACCCGUGGUUACGAGAUGAAAACCUUGCUGUGCCUUUGGAUAACUUCAUAUACAAGUCAGUUAAAGCAUAUGCACGUGCAACUCCUUUCAAGCGUGCAACAUUGAAGGCACUUGCAAAAGCUUUGACAGAAGAUGAGCUUUUCUACCUCAGGACCCAAUUUAAGCUCUUGGAACCGCAAAAUGGAUUUGUGACCCUUGAUAACUUUAAAGCGGCUCUUGUGAGAAACGCAACUGAAGCAAUGAGAGAGUCCCAUGUUGGUGACAUUCUAAAGAUCAUGGAACCUCUCACUCAUGAGAGAAUGGACUUCGAGGAGUUCUGCGCGGCCGCCAUCAGUGUAUAUCAGCUGGAGGCUGUUCCGGGAUGGGAAAGCAUUGCCACACGAGCUUUCGAGUAUUUUGAGCAGGAAGGAAAUCGAGUCAUUUCAGUUCAUGAGUUGGUGCAGGAAAUGAAUCUGGGUCCUGCAGCUUAUUCAUUUCUCCAGAAUUGGACAAGAAGCUCUGACGGGAAACUCAGUUUUUUUGGAUUUACAAGAUUUUUGCAUGGUGUUACAAUCCGCAACUCUAAUACAAGACAUUAACGCGCACAGCAGAAGCAGAUAGUUAAAUACCUGUACACCUCAUAUUUUUUCCUGCUCUCUUUGUAUUCUCCAUUUGAUUCAGAGCAGCUUCAAAACACAUAAUAAAGAGAAGGCUACACGAUUACGAGAUAUAUAUAGAAAGAAAUGAGGCUGUAAUAUAAGUAUUGUAUUUUGCCAAUCCUACCAUCCCGUUCUUUGGAAAAUCUUCCAACGUGUAUAAACAAUUCAGAAAGUAGAAUACAGAUUUUACUGAGAAUUACCAGAGUGAUAUGUCC